UUAUUUUUACUUAAUUUAAAAAAAUAAAAAAUAAAAACAAAAAUAAAAAAAUAGAAUUAGAAUUAAUUCCAUUACUCUCUCUCUCUCUCUCUCUCUCUCUGUGUCUUCGUUAAAGCUUUUUCUCUCUCUUCUGCAACUGAUAAUCAGAUCAUAGUUUCCUAGAUUUUCCCACCUUUUCCCGCACUUUCUCGCCCAGAUUCUCUGUCUUUCUCUCCUUCUAUACUCUCUCUCUCUCUCUCUCUCAAGUUCAGUUACGCGGCAGCUCCUGGAUCAUCGGAGCUCGUGGACUCUACCAGUUUUGGUCCAAUUUCAGUUUCAGAGUCUUUUUAGUCCUUGUCAAUUCUGAAUUCUCAGCCUUUGCACUUUGACGGAUCAGUAGUACUCAUUUUUUUAACCUUGACAACUUUCGAAGCUUCGUUUUGCUCUACAGUUCGUGCUUGUUGCGUAGCUGUGUAGCUGAGCGAAUUGGAGUUAAAAAAAAAAAAAAGAAAAAAAAGAAAAAAGAAAAAAAAGGAAGUCGCUAUGACGGUUGAUUCGAGUGGCGGUGGCGAUUUGGAGAUGUUUGGGAGUGUGCGUUUGGGGUUUGAGUUGGAGACUGAGCGAGGAAUUGGUGAAUGGCAGCAUUUGGUUUUGAAAAUGGCUUUGUUACCGAUUGGGGUUUAGAUUUAGGGUUUUUUAUUCAUAGACCAAAAACGCUUCGCGUGAUGUCGCGAACUGAUAGAAUGGCUUCGGAUCUUAGCAGGACUGGCCCCGUCGAGAGGGACAUUGAACAGGCUAUUACUGCUCUGAAGAAGGGGGCUUACUUACUCAAAUAUGGAAGAAGGGGGAAGCCUAAAUUCUGUCCCUUCCGACUUUCCAAUGAUGAGUCUGUUUUGAUAUGGUUCUCGGGAAAGGAGGAGAAACAUCUUAAACUAAGCCAUGUCUCUAGAAUUAUAUCCGGGCAGCGCACUCCAAUUUUUCAAAGAUAUCCGCGGCCUGAGAAGGAGUAUCAAUCAUUUUCUUUGAUAUAUAAUGACCGAUCGCUAGAUUUGAUUUGUAAAGAUAAAGACGAAGCCGAGACAUGGUUUAGUGGUUUAAAAGCUUUGAUAUCCCGCAGCCAUCAUCGGAAGUGGAGAACAGAGUCAAGGAGUGAUGGAAUUCCAUCUGAAGCAAAUAGUCCUAGAACAUACACACGGAGGAGUUCUCCUUUGCACUCUCCAUUUGGCAGUAAUGAUAGCUUACAGAAGGAUGGUCUAGAUCCCCUUCGCCUUCAUAGUCCAUAUGAAAGUCCUCCUAAAAAUGGUUUGGAUAAGGGAACUUCAGAUGUAAUACUAUAUACUGUUCAUCCCAAGGGUUUCUUCCCCUCAGAUUCUGCUAGUGCUUCAGUGCAUUCUUUGUCAUCAGGAGGCUCAGAUAGUGUACAUAUGAAGGCAAUGGCAAUGGAUGCUUUUAGAGUUAGUCUAUCAAGUGCUGUUAGCUCAUCAAGUCAGGGUUCUGGUCAUGAUGAUGGUGAUGCCUUAGGAGAUGUUUUCAUAUGGGGGGAGGGCACAGGAGAUGGUGUUCUAGGUGGUGGAGCACAUAGAGUUGGAAGUUGCUUUGGUGGAAAAGUGGAUUCCUUUUUGCCCAAAGCCUUGGAAUCUGCUGUAGUACUUGAUGUCCAGAACAUUGCAUGUGGUGCACGGCAUGCUGCUUUAGUAACAAAGCAAGGAGAGGUUUUCUCCUGGGGGGAGGAAUCAGGAGGCAGGCUUGGCCAUGGUGUAGAUUCUGAUGUUUUGCAUCCAAAGCUUAUUGAUGGACUAAGUAAUACUAACAUUGAGCUUGUAGCUUGUGGUGAGUAUCAUACUUGUGCUGUUACCCUUUCUGGUGAUCUUUAUACAUGGGGUGAUGGCACUUAUAAUUUUGGUGUUCUUGGACAUGGAAACGAAGUAAGCCACUGGGUGCCAAAAAGAGUAAAUGGUCCCUUGGAAGGUAUACAUGUCUCAUCUAUCUCUUGUGGACCCUGGCACACUGCUGUUGUAACCUCUGCUGGGCAAUUAUUUACUUUUGGUGAUGGAACAUUUGGUGUUCUAGGCCAUGGAGAUCGAAGAAGUGUUUCUAUGCCGAGGGAAGUAGAAUCCCUGAAGGGGCUCCGCACUGUUCGGGCAGCCUGUGGUGUUUGGCAUACUGCUGCAGUUGUUGAGGUCAUGGUUGGGAACUCGAGUUCCAGUAACUGUUCUUCUGUAAAGCUGUUUACUUGGGGCGAUGGUGACAAAGGUCGACUUGGACAUGGGGACAAGGAAGCAAAACUUGUUCCUACCUGUGUUGCUGCUCUUGUUGAUCCUAAUUUCUGUCAAGUCGCUUGUGGACAUAGUCUGACUGUCGUACUUACAACCUCGGGUCAUGUCUACACAAUGGGGAGUCCAGUUUACGGUCAGUUAGGAAAUCCUCAGGCUGAUGGAAAGAUCCCAACCCGUGUUGAAGGGAAAAUUUCCAACAGUUUUGUGGAGGAAAUAGCUUGUGGUGCCUAUCAUGUUGCAGUUUUAACUUCAAGAACUGAAGUAUACACUUGGGGAAAGGGUGCAAAUGGUCGUUUAGGUCAUGGGGACAUAGAUGAUCGAAAUUCUCCAACAUUAGUUGAAGCUCUGAAAGACAAGCAAGUCAAAAGCAUUGCUUGUGGCAGUAAUUUUACCGCAGCUAUUUGUCUUCAUAAGUGGGUCUCAGGAGUUGAUCAAUCUAUGUGUUCUGGCUGCCGCCUACCAUUUAAUUUUAAAAGGAAACGUCAUAAUUGUUAUAACUGUGGACUUGUUUUCUGUCAUUCAUGCAGUAGUAAGAAGUCUCUUAAGGCUUCCAUGGCACCAAACCCCAACAAACCUUAUCGUGUCUGUGAUAAUUGUUAUUCUAAACUAAGGAAAGCAAUUGAAACUGACGCUUCAUCUCAUUCUUGUGCGAGCAGAAGGGGAAGUGUCAAUCAGGGGUCAAACGAGUUCAUGGAUAAAGAUGAGAAGUUGGACUCCAGAUCUCGAGCCCAACUUGCCAGAUUUUAUUCAAUGGAAUCCUUGAAGCAAGUGGAAACUCGUUCUUCAAAGAAAAACAAGAAACUAGAAUUUAAUAGCAGUCGAGUAUCACCUGUUCCGAAUGGUGGUUCACAAUGGGGAGCUCUUAAUAUUUCUAAAUCUUUUAAUCCUGUGUUUGGGUCAUCCAAGAAGUUUUUCUCUGCCUCAGUUCCUGGAUCAAGAAUUGUUUCUCGAGCUACAUCCCCAAUUUCAAGGCGACCAAGCCCACCUCGUUCUACAACACCAACACCAACUCUAGGUGGACUUACAUCACCAAAGAUAGUUGUAGAUGAUGCAAAGAGGACAAAUGAUAACCUUAGCCAGGAGGUUAUCAAACUAAGAGCACAGGUUGAAAAUCUUACCCGUAAAGCCCAUCUCCAAGAAAUUGAGCUGGAAAGAACAACUAAACAGCUGAAAGAAGCAAUAGCAUUUGCGGAGGAAGAGAGUGCAAAGUGCAAGGCAGCAAAGGAAGUGAUCAAGUCGCUUACUGCCCAAUUAAAGGACAUGGCUGAAAGGCUGCCUGUUGGAGCAGCACGGAACAUUAAAUCUCCUCCUCUGUCUUCUAUGGGGUCUGAUCUUGCCUGUAAUGAUGUUUCCAAUCCUUCUCUUGACCGAUUAAAUGGUCUAGCAAUAUCCCAAGAAAUAGACUCAAAUGGAUCAAACAGCCAAUUGCUAUCAAAUGGGUCGAGUGCCCCUAGUAAUCAUAGUUCAAGUCACAGCAAACAAGGUCACUCAGAUGUAACUACUAGAAAUGGGAGUCGCACAACAGAUAGUGAAUCUCGUCAUGACACUGAAUGGGUUGAGCAAGAUCACCCUGGUGUUUAUAUUACACUUACCUCCUUACCAGGGGGUGCCAAGGAUCUUAAGCGUGUUCGCUUCAGUCGCAAGCGAUUCAGCGAGAAACAAGCAGAGCAGUGGUGGGCAGAGAACCGGGCAAGAGUGUACGAAAAAUACAAUGUGCGAAUGGUAGACAAGUCUAGUGUGGGUGUUGGGAGUGAGGACUUGGGUCACUGACAUGUGAAAACAAUAAUUUGUAAAUGAAAAAUGUCCAUUCUGGAUUUCAGCUUGAGUUACAGUGAGGUCAUACUGGUAAUUUUAGAAUUGGCUUCCAUCCUCCUAAUGGGGGUUGAAGGAAGCAAGGCAUGGGUAUAGGAGGGAUAAUUAGGGGGUUUUGAUUGUGUUUUCCUUUUUUUUACUUUGAUGCUAUUUGUUUUUUAUUUUUGUUUCUUUUUUUUUUUUUUUUUUUUUUUUUUUUUUUUCUUCUUUGAUUCUGUAUUCCAUUUUUUCCCUAUGUGCCUUGUGUGGGUGGGGAGUUGAGGGUGAGAAAUGUAAAUUCUUAAUAGGUUGAUGACUAUUGUUGAAAGCAGCUGCCAUGUAAAUUCCAUAAAGUGAAUGCAUCUGCAGAUUCUUUUUUA